AUGAGGGCAGGGUGCCCAGAGGGCAGGCUGCUAUCUCCUUCUGCCAGCUUUCUCUGGUCUUCACCACAGCUGAGGGGCGUUUCUGCUGCAGCCUGCCCCUCCCUCUCCACCUUCUGGGUGGGGACUCGAGCUCAGAGCGCGCCCUCUGGUAGACUUGGCAGCCCAGUGCGGAACGAGGGCGCCUGGGGUCCUGCGCCCCGCGCCGUGAGGUUCCCCCACCGGCUCCAUCAGCGGCGCCUGCGGCCUCCCCUCUCACCUGCGUGUGGCCCCCGGCUGCCCCCUACCCCAAGUCCCCGGCCCCCGCGGGUCCAAGCUGGCAAGAUGGGGCCGGUGUCCCGUGAGGAAAAGCCCAACCCGCUGCAGGACGCGAACUUCUGCUCCCGGCUGUUUUCCUGGUGGCUAAACCCCUUGUUUAAAAUUGGUUAUGAACGGAAAUUAAAACAAGAUGACUUGUACACAGUGCUUCCAGAAGAUCGCUCCCAGCAUCUUGGAGAAGAGCUGCAAGGGUACUGGAAUCAAGAAGUUUCGAGAGCCAAGAAAGACGCACGGGAGCCCUCUUUAAUGAAAGCAAUCGUCAAGUGUUACUGGAAAUUCUAUUUCGUUUUGGGGCUACUUAUGUUUCUCGAGGAGGGCACCAAGGUAGUUCUGCCCAUGUUUUUGGGGAAAAUGAUUAGUUAUGUUGAAAACUAUGAUCCUGCCAAUUCUGCCGCUUUGCACGAAGCCUACGGCUACGCGGCAGGGCUGAGCGCCUGCGUGCUCGUGUGGGCCGUUCUGCACCACUUGUGCUUCUAUCACAUGCAGCGCGUGGGGAUGCGGCUGAGAGUAGCCGUGUGCCGCAUGAUCUACCGCAAGUCACUUCGCCUGAGUAGUUCAGUCAUGGGGAAGACCACCACAGGCAAGAUAGUCAACCUGCUGUCCAACGAUGUGAACAGGUUUGAUCAGGUUACGAUGUUCUUGCACUAUCUGUGGGUGGGGCCACUGCAGGCCAUCGCAGUGACUGCCCUGCUCUGGAUGGAAAUAGGAAUAUCUUGUCUUGCUGGGAUGGCGGUUCUCAUUAUUCUUCUGCUUUUGCAAAGCUGUAUUGGAAAUUCAUUUUCAUCACUCAGGAAUAAGACCGCAGCUGUCACGGAUGUCAGGAUCAGGACCAUGAGUGAAGUCAUAACUGGCAUCAAAACAAUAAAAAUGAAUGCUUGGGAAGAGUCAUUUAUAGAUCUUAUUACCAGACUGAGAAGGAAGGAAAUUUCCAAGAUUCUGAAAAGUUCCUACCUUAGGGGCAUGAAUUUUGCAUCAUUUUUUGCUCUAAGCAAAAUCAUGAUUUUUGUCACCUUCAUCACCAAUGAGUUCCUUGACAACCGGAUCACAGCCAGCCAAGUGUUUGUGGUGGUGACGCUGAUCGAGGCUCUCCGGUUCUCGAGCACCCUCUACUUCCCCAUGGCUGUCGAGAAGGUGUCAGAGGCUGUCGUCAGCAUCCGAAGAAUCAAGAAUUUUCUAUUACUUGACGAGAUACCAGAGCUCCACCCUCAGCGGCCAUCGGAUGAUGAAAGGAUAGUGGACAUGCAAGAUUUCACUGCUUUUUGGGAUGAGGAAUUGGAAACCCCAACCCUACGAGGCCUUUCCUUUACUGUCAGACCUGGUGAACUGUUAGCUGUGGUCGGACCUGUGGGAGCAGGAAAGUCCUCACUGUUACGUGCUCUGCUGGGGGAGCUGCCCCCGAGGCAGGGGAAGGUCAGCGUGCAUGGGAGGAUCGCGUAUGUUUCUCAGCAGCCCUGGGUGUUUCCAGGAACUGUGAGGAGUAACAUUUUAUUUGGGAAGAAAUAUGAAAAAGACCGAUAUGAAAAAGUAAUAAGGGCUUGUGCUUUGGAAGAGGAUUUGCAGAAAUUGAACAGAGGAGAUCUAACUGUGACAGGAGAUGGAGGAACCCCACUGAGUGAAGGGCAGAAAGCCCGGGUCAGCCUUGCCAGAGCCGUGUAUCAGGAUGCAGACAUCUACCUCCUGGACGAUCCGCUCAGCACAGUGGACGCAGGAGUCAGCCGGCACUUGUUCGAACAGUGUGUUCGUCAGGCCUUGAAGGAUAAGAUCACAAUCUUAGUGACUCAUCAGAUGCAGUACCUCAAAGAUGCAAGUCAGAUUCUGAUACUGAAAGAUGGCAACACAGUGAAAAGGGGGACUUACUCUGAGUUCCUGAAAUCCAGGGUAGAUAUUUUUUCCCUUUUUGAAAAGGGGAAUAAACAGUCUGAACCAUCUCCAGUUCUAGAAACUUCCACUCUGGACUUAGAGUCUUUGGGUCUGUCUCUCCAGUCUCCCAGACACUCGUUGAAAGAUGCAGCUCCAGAGGACCAAGAUUCUGAGAAUAUACAGGUUACACUACCUCUGGAGGACCAUUUUGAAGGAAAAGUUGGUUUUAAGACCUAUGAGAAUUACUUCACAGCUGGUGCUGACUGGCCUGUCAUUAUCUUCCUUAUUCUAGUAAACAUCGCAGCUCAGGUUGCUUAUGUCCUGCAGGACUGGUGGCUUGCAUUGUGGGCGAAUGUACAAAGCAACCUAUAUGUUGGGACAUUAGGAAAGGAAGAUGUAGGUGUGAUAUUCAUUCUGAACUGGUACUUAGGAGUUUAUUCAGGGUUAACUGCAUCUACCAUUCUUUUUGGCAUCACAAGAUCUCUGUUAAUAUUUUACAUCCUUGUUAAUUCUUCACAAACUUUGCACAGGAGAAUGUUGGAGACCAUUUUGAAUGCUCCUGUAUUGUUCUUCAAUAGUAAUCCAAUAGGAAGAAUUUUAAAUCGUUUCUCAAAAGACAUUGGUCAAAUGGAUGACUUGCUGCCUUUGACAUUUCUUGAUUGCAUCCAGACAUUUCUGCUUGUGGUUGGUGUGGUGGGCGUGAUGGUGGCUGCAAUUCCUUGGACUGCUAUACCUGUGAUUCCCCUUGGCAUCAUUUUCUUUGCUCUCCAGUGGUAUUUCUUAAGGACGUCACGAGAUGUGAAACGCCUGGAAUGUACAACACGGAGCCCAGUGUUUUCCCACUUAGCAUCUUCUCUCCGGGGACUCUGUACCAUCCGGGCGUACAAAGCUGAACAGAAGUUUCAGGAAGUGUUCGACUCACACCAGGAUUUGCAUUCAGAGGCGUGGUUCCUGCUUUUGACGACGUCCCGAUGGCUUGCUGUGUAUCUGGAUGUCAUCUGUGCCAUCUUUGUCACUGUUGUUGCCUUUGGGGCCCUGAUUCUGGUAGAAACUUUAGAUCCCGGGCAGGUUGGCCUGGUCCUGUCUCUCACCAUCACACUCACGGGGAUGUUCCAGUUGUGUGUCAGGCAAAGUGCUAAAGUUGAGAAUAUGAUGAUUUCAGUAGAAAGAGUUAUUGAAUAUACAGACCUCAAGAAAGAAGUGCCCUGGGGACAUGUGUAUGUGCCACCAUCCUGGCCCCAUGAAGGGAGGAUUGUCUUUGAUAACGUUAACUUCAGGUACAACUCACAGGGGCCUCUGAUAUUGAAGGACCUGAGAGCACACAUUGGUUCAAGAGAAAAGCUUGGCAUUGUGGGAAGAACAGGAGCUGGAAAAAGUUCCCUCAUCACUGCACUUUUUAGAUUGUCAGAACCUGAAGGUGACAUUUGGAUUGAUGGGCUCUUGACAGCCAAUGUCGGACUUAACCGUUUACGGAAGGAAAUGUCAGUUGCACCUCAGGAAUCUAUUUUAUUCACUGGAACAAUGAGGGAAAAUCUGGAUCUCCAUAAUGAGCAUACGGAUGAGGAACUGUGGAAUGCCUUAGAAGAGGUACAACUUAAAGAAGCCAUUGAAGAUCUUCCUUAUAAAAUGGAUACUGAAUUAGUGGAAUUUGGAUCGAACUUGAGUGUUGGACAGAGACAAUUGGUGUGCCUUGCUAGGGCUAUUCUCAGGAAAAGUCAGAUAUUGAUUAUUGAUAAAGCCACAUCAAAUGUGGAUCCAAGUACUGAUAGAUUAAUACAAAAAAAGAUCCUUGAGAAAUUUGCCCAGUGCACUGUACUGAUCAUCGCACACAGAUUGAGCACCGUUAUUGACAGUGAAUCGAUCAUGGUUUUGGAUUCAGGGGAACUGAAAGAAUAUAGACGGACUUAUAAUUUGCUAAAAGAUGAACACAGCUCAUUUUCCAAGAUGGUGCAACAACUGGGCAUGACUGAAGCCACUGCCCUCACUGAAACAGCAAAACAUCACCUGUCAGGUUGA